ACGGCGACUCGAGGCUGCGUAGCGCCAGAAGUGAAGCUGAGCAGGGGCUGGAAUAAACGACAGAAGGGACAUUGUUCAAACCAAAUGAGUAAACAAAUCCAAUGAGUAAGAGUACAUUGUUUGUUCAACUCUUCGCGGGGCUCGUUCUCAUUGCGACAGGUGUCCAUGCCUCCUGUCCCAUUGAGUUGAGCCCCGCCAGCGUUGUAGUGAAAUAUGGAGACCCAGUCUUGGUUAACUGCAGCACACCGGAGAUCCAGUUUGAAGGAAUAGGCUGGGAGGCUUCACAAGGAGGCACAGGUUUUGAGUUCGUCAACCAUUUGCCCUGGACUGUGGAGCGUCUAACACAAUGGACCGUCUCUCCGUUUUGCUUCUUCAGCUCAAAUUACUCUAACCAGUGCAGCAAGGAGUUAGACCUUAUUAUUUACACAUUUCCAGAAACAGUCACCAUCAGCGGUGACCCCAGCAGUGAGAUGGAAGAAGAAAAAGAAUAUAAAUUUACAUGUCACAUCCCCAAUGUAGCACCAGUCCAAAAUCUCACUGUAAGGUGGUAUAAAGGAGACACAAUCAUCCAGACAGACACUUUUGACAAUCCUGCUAAGCGGCCAGUGGAUCAGACAUCUGACCUGAAGUUUACACCGACUAGACAAGACAAUAAUGCCUUGUUGAGAUGUGAAGCAUAUAUGGAUCUGAGCCCAGAUGGGCCACAACUUAACAUAUCCACUCAGGAGUACAACAUCACAGUUGUCUAUGGACCAGAUAUACUGUGCCCUACCACUGACAUACUGGAAGAGCAAACUUUAGAGGAGAUUUGCAUGGUGACAGGAAACCCCACCCCUCACGUCAGAUGGCUGAAAGACGGCGAGCCUGUGAACCCUACUGUCCCUCUGACAAGGGAUAAUGCUGGGAUAUACACACUUGAAGCUCAGGGCUUAUCCACUGUCCAAAAGACAAUCCCAGUACUUGUGUUAUAUGGACCAGAGUUGACGUGUCCACUCACUUACACUGCAGUAGAAUAUUCUCCUCACAACCUCACCUGCACUGAUAAGGGCUUUCCUAAACCUGAGACGCUCUGGUUUAAAGAUGGUGAGGAGGUUGUGCUUCCACAGAAACUGACCAGAAGCGACGCGGGACAGUAUUUUGUCACCACUUCAAACCUUCUGUCGAGUGUCAAUGUAACAGUGGAUAUCACCGUCCUGUAUCCACCAUCACCGAUAGUUGAACUCGAGGACUCUGAAGUCCAUGUUGGUUCCUCCGUGUGGCUGAAGUGCUCUUCCAUGGGCAACCCACGACCGAAAUAUUCCUGGAAUUAUUACCAGGCGGCCAAUGUUGUGGAGACAGACGAAGAUGGAGUGUCCCGUCUGCUCAUCCACAAUGCUACUGUGUACAACAUGGGCUCCUACACAUGUGAGGCUUGGAAUGACAUAGGAAAUGUCACCAAAACAGUUCACGUCAAUGUUAAAGGUGCCAAGCUGGAAUGCCCUAUCAGAAUAACUCCAGACACGAUGGUGAUGCAAUACAAAAGCAAAACCCAGAAUGCAACGUGCACGCCAACAUCCGACAGCUUCGCAAAUGUUAAUAAAAUAUUCUGGCAGGAUCUGCAGGGAAAAAGAACUGAUAGCACAGUUUGGUUUGCUGACACCCACAAAGACUGGAAUGAGAGUCCUGUUUGUUACGCAAAUUUUCAGGGAAUUGGAACGUGCCACAAAACUUUAAACUUCAUCCUUUACAAAACACCAGACAGUGUUACAAUCUAUCAUUUGGAUAACUCCAGCUCAGUGGUGGAGAACAGGGAGCUCCAGCUGCAGUGUGACAUUAUUAAUGUUGCUCCUGCACAAAACCUCAGGAUACACUGGUACCGAGGGAAUGAAACCCUUAAAUCAGGCUCAGUGCAAAUGACUCGCUGUUGGACUGACAAUGACACCAACUGCGACAUCAGCAUGAUCAGAUCCCCGGUAAAUGUGUCUUCUACCAUUAGCAUCACUCUGAACCGGAAUCACAGCGGAGCAGAUUUCAGAUGCGAGGCUCAGUUGGACCUGGGACCUGGGGGACCAGAGCCUUCUCCAAACAUGAUGUCCAGUCCUCUCAACAUCACUGUCUUCUAUAAACCCACCAUUAAUACCACAAAGCUGCCAAAGACAAUCCCAGUGUUCAGAGGUUAUCCUGAGGAGCUUGUUUGUGAAGCUGACGGUCACCCACCUCCAAGGAUCCAGUGGCUCUACAGCUCAGACAAGGCACCUCAUGAGCUUGAAGGCAAACUCAUCGUGUCUGAGGCGGGCCUCUACAACUGCACUGCUACCAAUGAUGUCGAUUCCACAGUGCAUGUGGUUGUAGUGAUUUUAAAAGAGGACUACCUUCCCCUCAUCGCUGGAUUUGUGGCAGUCACCGUAGUGGCCAUCUCCAUCGUCUUCCUCUUCAUCUACUCCAUCUACUACAAGAACACCAAGAUGCGCCGCUACAGUCUGAAAAACCCCAAACUCAGCACUCACCAUGGGAACGUGGCUCACAACGGCUGGGACCUGCCGCUGCCUAUGACCAAACUGUCUUAGCAGUACGUCUGUUGAUAGAACCGACCACUCUGAAUGAGCUGCAUCUCUGCCACCUGGAUCUGCAGUGUUUUAAAGCCCACAUAGCGCUCAGAGGGCAGGCUGACACUGGACGCUUUUGAAAUCUCUUCUGUUCCUCCGUUUGUCACACACCCAGUUUCGCUCACAUCUGUUUUGCCAUAUAUAACAGCAUUUCAUCCUUUAAGGAGUAAUAUAGUUAUGCAAUGGAGCAACCUUGACUUGAGAUGUACAGUUCUGUAUGUACUACUGGAUUUUUACCAGUUUUCACUGGACAGGAAGAACGAGCAAGGAAUCUGACUUGCAAAAGAUAGAGUAUUUGUGUUUUUCAUGAGCCCAAAGGGAAUCUAAUGUGAUUAUUAUUGUUGUUUUUAUGUUCUUUGUUUCACUAAUGUUUGACUUUUUGAUAAAAUUAUGCCCCAUUAUAAUGUACUUAAAGUCAGGUCUCUGUAUGUAGUUCUGUUCCAAACCAAACGUGAUUUGAGCGUGCACUUAAGAUAUUGGAAAUCUUAGACUGCCGUGGUUUUAUUUCUCAUACUAACCGGUAAUGCUUCUGAGUUUGUAUCUUGGAAGGUGUAACAUGGAAUGUGUGAAACAGGAGAAUCUGUGGACACUCGUACUUGUUUAUGCCAUUUAUUGAGCCCACUGCCCUGUCGCUACACUUUGUAAGCCACUCUCUGCACUUCUUUGUGAGUUUGUAGCCUUCUCCGUGCCUGGCCCCUUUGUAGUGCCAUACUGUGUCAGGCUCAGGCCUUAUGGGACAAAUUGUCCUUUUCCACACUUGUGUGCUUUUGUAUGAGUGACUGCAGGCGUUAUAGCCUAUCUGAACUGUAUAUUCUGAGUGAUAUUUUAUGUAAAAGCAAAUCUUUAUAUUUAUUUAUGAUAAAAAAACAGUAACGAUUGAACAAUUUAGCAUUGUAAAUGGACUGCACACAGGUAUGUAAACGUUGCAAAACGAUGAAAGAGUUAUGUGGAAUUCACCUGCAAAACGAGGGAUAUGAGGACAUUGUAAUGCAUUUGUGAAUACUGCUGUAAAUAUUUAUCACUGGUGUAAAACAGUAUUUUAUUAUUAAAAAAUGUGGCUUUUCAAACAGAUU